AGAAUGAUGUUUGUCAAUCUAAUAAACUUGAAAAAUCACAGACGUUGAAGCGAGUGGAUUUUGUGCCCGAAGAAAAUGAAAGGAUUAAUCUUAUUUGUGUGCCUCUAAAGUCAGAUCUCUUGGAUUUAUCACUUUAAAUAUUCGCGUCAUGUGAGUUAAACUGUUUCUUGAAUUAUAAUUCAAUCGCAUUUCUCAGCUGUUGUAAUGAUGCUGAACACAAGUUUGGACAGGUAAGCUGCGCGCGCACACGCCCUUCUGCGUGCACAACAGGUCCCAGAAUCAGGAAGCGCCCGUGCGGUCAGACUAACUCAAUCCACCAUGCACGAUUAACGGAUUUAAAUCAAACGAUUUUUAAAACACAAACACAUAUUUUGGAAAGUUUAGGAACCUCUGAAGGGGAAUGAUGGGCUCGUGUGUGGUUCCUGUGCUCAUUGGAUUGAUUUUACUGCAGAUCUACAAAAUCUCAGAAUGUCAUAAAAUUGAGGUGACUCCUGACCCUGGCACCGAGGUACUCUUCAGAAAGAAGCAAGGUCAGGGUCUGGACUGUAAUGUGUGUAAGGAUGAAGGUCUGUCUCAGACCUGUAACUCCGACCUGGACCUCACUGAAGCUCGGCCCACCAACGUGACUUUCAACUGCUCUCAGCCGGGCGACGUCUUUACUGUGGAGAUCAACCAAAAAAUCGAUUGUUCGUCGACAGCCUGCAGCAACAUUGCAGUGCAUCCGGAUUCGACCCGAUUCCUGGAGUUCAGCAGAAGCUUCAACUGGGAUCUGAAGGUUCAACCAAACGAGAUGUUUCAACUGAACUUUCCAGCUCCAGGAAUGAGACAGAUCAAGCCUUCAGAAUCCUGUCCAGACAAACACACCUACACCAUCAUUACAUACCAGCGAUCGGGUCCGAACUCCAUCGGCACGUUUUGUCGGAACGGUACCAUCAGUCGUAUCCAGGCCUUGUUUAAAGGACGUGUGUCUCUGGAGGUUCCCAAAGACACAGACCUGAACCCAUCUGACUUCAAAGUGUCCAGAGGACCAGAUACAAAAGUAUUGGUUGUGGUGGACGUCAAGCUGCCCAGAGGACUGUCAUCUACUGAUUUCUUCACACCACAUUACGGCAAAGGCCACUACAAUGCAGGAAAAAUUCAAUGGAACUUUGCUGUUGAGCCAAUGCAAAAUUUCACAGUUCUCUUUCAACAUUACACUCCACCAGAAUGCCUAAAUGAUAAGGUCUCGGUUGAUUAUACACUGGGGGACAAGACUUCAUUCACAAAGGGACCAACGGACGUUCAGCCGACCAAUAAACAGGGAGAUUUCAGCCUGACUCUUAGCAGUUGUGAAGCAAAAGCCAAUGUUCUUGGACUUUCUUUGAACAUAAACGUGGCAGUGUUCAGGGGUGGGAUACCAUAUCUUUGCACUGUGGAUCUCCGGAAUGAGGAGGGAUUGAGCCUGCAAAUAGAAAAUAAAAACCCAGAAUCGUACUGUGAAAUGAGCUUGAACUCUGUGGCGCAGGAGAGAAUAGUGGUUCCUGCGGGCACCAAAGCUGACCUGUCCUUCCUCGACUGCCCCGUGCAGGACCUGCAGCUGACGGCCACCAAAACCAUCGAUUGUCCGAGUGCAUCUUCUCGUGCCACCAGCGGGACGUCCCUCACUAUUCCCACGCUGGACCCCAGUCUGCACGUUCCCCUCCAUCAGUUCACCUGGCUGCUCCGUGUGCUCGAUCAAGGCACCGUGGACCUCACGUCCCCUAGCCAAAACCUGCACCAGUCUGUCCCAGACAAGGAGUGUAACGAGAGAGUCUCUCUGCUGAUCUCUGAGACUGACGGGUCCAGCGUCGGCCAGUUCUGCUCUCUGCCUGAAGGCACCAUCCAAAAAAUCCAAAUCAAAGGGAACGUUUCCAUUACCGUAACUCCUAAAACGAUAAAAGACCUGAGCCAGGAGAAAGGACCUUUCUUUAAAGUCGCCAUGAGUCCAGAGAUCACUGAGAAUGUAAUCUACACCGUAUCUCCAUUGGUUUCGGGAUCCAUGUACCUCCCGACGCCCAACUGGCCCGAUGGCAUGAACCCUUCCUCGUCCGUCACGUGGAUCGUCAGCGUUCCUCAAGAGCACAAGGCCGAGCUGCAGCUCACCAACGUCAGCCAGCCCGUGUGCGACUCGGGCCACACAGAGGUGGCGGUCAGACCGCUGGACCCACAAGGCCGAAUGCAGUCCUGGAGAGAAGAUCAGAGUUUCGACAACACCGUCAUCCAACAGCAGAGCUUCUACCUGAACAUGUCCAACUGCGAUCCCAAGAGCGGACGCUUCGCUGUGCUCUCUAAGGUCACUCUGCACAAGGAAACCAAGAACUUCCUGAGCAUUAUCUUGGCCGUAGUCGGGGUUCUGGUUUUGCUGCUAAUCAUCACACUUAUAGUUGUGUGCGUCAUUCGAAAGAAAAACAAACCUAAGACCAAUAGGUCCUCCAUCUUUUUGCCCAGAGGGAAACCUUUCCUUCCGGGUAACGCCACCUUCCCAAAAUCCAGAGCAGACAAUGAGUCCCACGUCUACGCCUCCAUUGAUGACCCAACAAUGUACGGACAAUUUGGGGACAAGAACCAGCCUUCAGAGGUCGACAACGGAGCCUGGAGCAACGGACAUCAGGUGGACGCGUACCGUCCGUUCACGGGACCCUCGGACUCAAUCCCGUCGGCUAAGGAUUCGUCCGCUGAAUAUUCGAUAGAAGGCAGAGGAGGAGAUGGAGAUGCAUAUCAGCCUUUCCUAAAGCCGCCCAACACCUUUAAUCUCCAGAGGCCUCGUACGCCACUGGUAUCACAGGGAAGCUUAGGAUUCGAAGAUCGUAGGAUGAUAGAUAACGAGCUGCACACUUUCAAGAGUUUCGGGGAUAUAAAUCCCAUUCGCCUGUCUGCCGACGAAUCCAGACUACAACCACGAAUGGAAUCGGACACUGAUUCCAAUACUGAGCCGGAAUACGAGGAGGCAAUUUGAGGAUAAAGCCGGAUGCGGAGUGGAUUCACAUGAUGAUUCGACUGCUCAAACCGCUAAAAUUUUAUUGGGGGAGCAGAAAA